AUGCUGGAAACAUGUGUUGGUGACGAGCAGUCGCUUUCGAUCAGCGAAGUUCAGCAACCUCUCACCAUUUUCACACCGGGAACCAAGCCCAAAGCGGCCAAGAAGGUGAGUGGUUGUGGGGUCGCCAGGUCCAGUUCAACCAUUCCAAUCGCCAGCAGCAAUCAGCAGAUCACGGCGAGACAGUCUUUCAAUUAGCACUUGCAACUGCUAGUAAAACGCCUCUUUAUCGCGCUGUUUGGCAGCCGAAGUUGGUCCAUACACAGAGAUGAUUGAGAUGUUCGUGAAGUGACCCUUCAGUCGCACGUAGGCCACCCGGUCAUUGACUGGUUCCCAAGCAAGUAGUGCGAGGUCCGCUUGUUGUGAUAGGGCGAUCGUCACACCGUGUCGACCAGAAGAGUCGCGCGGACCGCUGUGGUACAGGGUAAAGUGUGAUUCGACUCCAGGGAUCUUUAUUUCAGGGAGUCGAACUUCAGACAGACAGCAGACAUCCUCGUUAUACUGAUCAAGACUGCAUGUGGUCAGACUUUGGGUACCGGGGUCCAGGAACGUUCGCACAUUCCAGCAUCCAAUACCGAGAGUCCGUCCCCGAUUGAGUGGUCUAGCUCGCAUACUAUUAGCCCGCACCACUGGACCAGGGUUGCGGAGCGCGUCGGUUCCCGCGGACGCCGUAGCAUGGGUCGUGAUACUGUGAUCGGACAUAUUUCAUGAGGUUUCUUGGGAAUUUCGAAUACGGGCGGGUCCCCAACAGCCGCUCGGAUUGUUUGUUCGAGGUUGUCUCUUCUAGCGCUUUGGCUUAAAAGCCUCACCACAAGGCAGCGGUGGCACGCAAACCUGUUUAAUGGCGGUUUACGGUCGCCAUGUCACAAUGCCGUCAUUGGGUUUUGCGGCUUUUUAUAAGACUUUCAGCGUGAAAGACCUCAGCCCACCGCACCCUGGUAGCAAUGUCGCUGCUGGUCCGCGACUGCUUAUUCGUCAGACCUGGGUCUGCUUAUUUCGCAGUUAACCUUCACUGAAGGUCGUCCCACUAUCCGCCACCUGUGGACGCGCCGGGUAGCCAGCAGUUAGGCUAACGGGCAACCCGUCUUCUCGGAUGAUUCAUUCCGCCAGUUGGCGAUGCGGAUGGCAACUCUACCAAGAUCGAUCGCUGGCCCAAGCACUUCGAUUACACUCUCAACUUUGGUGAAAGACCCAUCAUCCUCGCUCUCCUCUGCAGCGAAGUUUUAUUCCUCCAGCUAUGCAGUGCCACGCUGAUGCAAUACAAAGGCUGAUCAACAACAAGGCACCGGGGGAGGACGACAUUACAACUGAAACUUACAAGUCUUGAGUCGAAAUUCUGGCGCCCUGGCUCUGGACAAGCGCAGCUAGAUCAGGCUGUUCCAGAUGGCUGAGGUUCGGAGAUCCUUGCGUCUGUCUUCAGAAAGGGUGAUAAGGCAAGAUGGGAGAGUAUCGCGGUAUAAGCCUCAUCGGCGUUGCUACGAAGGUAUUCGCAGCUGUCCUUCUCGAGCGAUUUCGGGCUGUACCUGACUUUAAAACAAGGCCUAGUCAGACCGGAUUCCGAGUUGGGCGUGGAUGCGCCGACCAGAUAUUUACAUUGAGGCUUAUUCUCUAAUUCCGCCAUAGCUACCAACCACGGACGCCGUCAGCUUUGUUGACUUGGCCGCUGCGUUCGAUUCAUUCAAUCGUGAGUCCCUGUGACGAAUAAUGGAACUAGAUGGUAUGCCGGCUAAAAUCAUCGCCAUGAUCAAGGCCUCCUACUACUCAACCCCAACGCGUGUUCUACUCCUUAGCAAUUUCUCUCCGCCGUUCAGUAUUCGGUUUGGCAUCAACUCAUUAGCACCGAGCUACGAAGAAUUGCAGAAUACUGUACCACGCAGGCGGGAUUUGUGAUAUCGAUUUGGUUAAUCGCCAGCACGGCAAAGAUCUUUUUUGAUGAUGUAUCCCUGGUUAGCCUCAAAAACCCUUUGUUGUUGAGGACUGCCGUUUUUAGACGAUAGGGCGGAAACCGCCGAUCAGUCAACCAUUAAAUCAACCCGUCUGCGGUAUACCUAACAGGACCAAAGUCACAUGUUAACGGAGUGAGGUCAGUCAUUUUUACAGAAGGUGAUAGUAGGGAUGAUGUGCGCCAAGGUUAGAGGGGUACACUGGCUACCCAUGUCCGGCAAUGAAAUGAGAAACUUGGCGGGUUUUGGCACGACAAUAUAGUGGUUAGGUUGUCGGCCUUCUAGUCUCUGAAGGCGGGCCUGCGAAUUUACUGGUGUGUAUGUGAAAUUGUGAAAAUCCAUCGCCCGGUGGCAUCGUUUCUCGAUAUUCGAAAAGAGGCAGUCUGGAAAUGAUGUCUCCUGAAAGGACGCUGUCCACAUUUUCUGCCACUAUGCAAGUUAUUCGGCCAUUUUGGCCGCUUAAAUCAGUUGUCUGUCCGAUUAGUCCUCUACGGCUAGAACUCAUGGGUUGACAAAAAUGUGGGCUUUUGAACGUUACUGCCUCAAAACACCCCCAAGUGGGCACCCUAUACCUGUAUCAGCUGGCGUUAGUGCUAGUGUAGCCGGCUGUGGGGCCCGCGGCACCAACUACAAAUGUGGUACGUGUUCUUCCAUCGCUGGUUGGAGCAUCAACAGUCUUUGUCCAGUUUCACUAUCGAAGAGCGUCGACCCAGCCCUCUGCGUGGGCUUGACCUAACUUCUUAUGUACUUUUCGCUUUUUCGCCGCUUUGGGGACCGACGGGGAUCCGGAGAUAAGACGUUCUGGAAGGCCUUUCCUUUGCAAUAGAUGAUUCAACCAGCUGAGACGACGACUUUUUAUUGAGUCAUCAGUCGAUGUCCCUGUUUAGUGGUGAGGCCCUACUCCCAAAACUUGAUCCAUCAGCAGAAUCCUUCCUGUCCGUUGGCACCGCUUACCGAGCCACACGAUCAUUCAGAUGUCAACAGUGCGUGGCUAAUAGAAUUCAUAAGCAUAGGCCAUAACAACUUUGACCUAAGCCUCCUACAUUGGAAUCUUUUUCUUCCACUGAACCUCGUGACGACUCACUACAAUUAGUGAGCUGUCGAACACUUACGCGAGUUGCGCGCAAGAUUGUGUUUCCUGCUAACGUUACCGCGUUGUUAGUAUAAAUAAAUCGACCCCUAAAUCGUCACGUCAUUCAGUAAGACGAACGACACAGUGGUAUGAAGUCACUCGGCCUCACAUCCGGAUUUCCAUAGUGUUCCGUUUGCGACCGGAUUUACGGGAAGGCGGGUUAACCUGUUUACCUAUUCAGUGGUAGCCCUGUGGGCCUCCAAAUGACAGAUGGUGAGACGGCUUACAGCUCUCAGAUCCGACGAAUUACCGGUGGCGUACCAGUACCGACAAUGCUACCGAGGCGCUCAGAGCUAAGACCGGCAGACCGAUUGCCUCAUAACAUAUCACUAAGUCCGAUGACACGAGGGCCGCGAACCACCGUAAAAGAAAUUUGCUUGUCACCGUUCUCUGGUAAUCAGGUUUCCGAGUCAAAGUGCUGGGAGAGACAGCUUAGGACGAACAGUUUGAGCGGCUCUUGGGAUUCGCUCAUAUCUAACAUUCCCACGAAGCGUUUUGAAAGAUGUUCCAUUGAAGCACUACGGCGUUCACGGAGGCCGAUCCGAUCCAUAAUUCUUUAUCCGAGUGAAUAGCAUGCAAGCUGGACUCUAAAGAACGGGUCCUCGGUAUUGAGUGUCGGAAUGUGCGAACUUUCCUCUACUCCAGUAUCCACAGUAUGACCGCACGCGGUAUUUAUCGAUGCAACUAGGAUGCCUGGUGCCUUCAUGAAGUCUGAACUCCCCACUCAGGCUCUGGGGACAUCAAGAUCCCUGGAUCGACGCCCAACUCGUCCUUUCUCAUAGCGGCCGACACGACUGUUUACGUAGGCGCUCUGUGGGCGACCAUGUCGGGAUAGUAUGGUCGACAAGACAGAGGUUCUCAAAUCAGAAGUCAGGGGAGACGGAUUGGAUCGGACAACUCCUACUGUUGAGGAAGUGUACACAAAGGCUCCGCAAGCAGUCGACGCGAGCGGUCUCUCCGGGCCAGUUGUGUUGCCUGUGUCCGCUGUCGAGGUUUUCCGCCCCCCAGCGCGUGUGUGCGCCUUUCACUGUCUCAGUGGCCGCCAGCCAAUCAGAGAAGGGGCAGCGCUGAUUGACCUCUAGCACUCGCGAAGCUAGUGACAAGCCUCGCGCACCUCAGCAGUGGAUCGACAGGGAGUAUGAGACGGAUAGGUAGGCAGCGUGACAAAGCAGCGGAGAACAAGGAGGCGCGGACUGCCACAACCACUCUCUCGCAAUGGUCGGUCCAUGUAGUGCUUGUGCGAGGAUCAAUCAGUGACCAGUUAGUUUACAUACGACUUGGGGGGCACUUUAACAGUAUCUUUAUCGUCUCCAUAUACAAUCCAACAUCACCGGUGGACCAGCGUGACAAAGGGAUCUUUCAGUUUCAAACACUAGUUGAUAGAUUCGUGUAUUGGUCUACUGACUGUCGCGGGGGACUUUGAAGAUUAGACUAAACCUAGUAACAUCUUUAGCGAUCCCCUCAUUAGCUGCUUUCGACUUUGUUCUCGCUGGGACAGUGCCCAAAGAAUGCUGAGAUUCAUUGACCAGGACCGAUUACAUGCUAACAUGGCACUUACACAGUGGUCGAACAGCCAGUCACAUUGCCUACAUUUUAGUCAGCUGAAGGACAUCAUGGUGGCAGAUCUGUGCGUGAUCGAUUGGACCACAUACCUGAAAGUUUACUUGUCCUCACUCAAAAUGUCUAUUGAGAGACGCUUUGAUGUCACCAAAUUAUGAAAAGUCAACGCAGCAUAGAAAUCUGGUCCGACUCUUCACUCAGGACUGAAGCAGAGGAGAGUAGCAAAUGCCUGUAAUGGAGUUCUCCGGUCCUUGAGGCAACCGAAUGAAUUUUCAGACUCGUCCUGCGGCGUCGUGAUGACAAGAUGGGCUCAAGAACCUUAAAAUGGCCUGUCAGACAGCCUGCCUAAAGCUUCUUCGACACAAUGGGAUAAUGGGACCAUGCGCGAGUAUUGUCCCGCAAACAGGCAGUUUACUAGUCAAGAGUUAGCGUGGUGAAGAUUUAGCGUCGGCCGUCUAAUUGCCUAUCGAUUGCCUCCCCAAAGCAUCAGCAGAUGGCGGAUGGUUGAACACCAUUCAGGGAAGGGGCUUACAGAAGUAUACAACGAGCCUUCUGAUCUGACGAAUAACCGAUCACGCAGCGCUAACAGUUUCAGACAUGUUUGACCACCGAUCUGGAAAAUUGGUGAUCUGUAGCAAAGUUACGGACGAAAGUGGCAUUAAAAAGUGGCAGAUGCUGCCGAUCAUCGAUAACGGCUCCCCUUGACGUUUAGUGUAGUGAAGGAACUUGAAACUGCUGUGCUGUGCUGCCCACCUUCGGAGCUUGGAACUACAAGAUGUAUUUCCGAUACCCGCACAAUCGCUGUUCGGUGCAUCAAAGCUCAAGGAGGAGUGUAGAAUUUCUCGGCGUCCUUUUGUUCUUCACUCUGUGCUCUCCGAGGCAUUUUUUUUUCACAAAACGCCGUAGGGCAUCCGCCAGCCCGGUAGACACUACCCGUUUACCAGCUCUGUCCUAUGCGAACCAUCCGUCUUGGUGCUAUGCCGGAAGAUGUGGGUUAAAAACAUUCUGAUGUAACUUAUAUAUGUGUCACUAGUAUUUGCAGAUUGCCUCAGCUUCAGAGAUGCACAAUUAUCUCUGGGUUGCCGUCACUUAGCCUUUGUACAGAGGAAGGCGUCACCGGACGCCUCUUCACGAGUAAGACUCCGUUAAGCCCCCUGGGUGGAUUCUCAUUCUGAUUGCAACCUAUGGCUUCAGAACGCGAUUAAUGAAACGUAGCCGUAGUCUUGUUUUGAGACCUCGAAUGGCGUCUUCUUACCAGACAUUUUAAGACAGGUUCGGCGAGGAUCAUAAUGGUAGAGAGGCUGUUGAUGCCCUUUCUAACCGCUCGGUAACUCAGUCUAUCCAACUGACAGUUGUUUUUAGGCAAAAUUGAGUAUUUAUAGAGCAUGCUGCAUUGAAACUGCUAUGGAACCGCACUGUGAGAGUUUAGCUACGCCUUCAGCAAUCCGCUCUUGUGGCGGUAAGAGAAACUGAGCGAACGCGUUAACAGAAGAGAAGGUUUUCGUCACGACUUGUCGUUGCCUGUGCGCUCGUAGGCACAUCCUACGGAAAAGAUGAGUUGUUUACACCAUCAGCCAAAGUGAAGUAAGGUGGGCGAGAGGGGGGAGUUGGGGUUCUUGCACUCAAAGGUGGAAGGCGGCGCAACUUAAAAAACAACUCGCAUAAUGUGCGGGCGGAGCGUCCGCGAAAAAGGGGCUGGGUUGAGGGGACGGUAGACAUAAACGGGCUCACAUUGUUGCCUUGACGUGGGCACAGACGACCAGUGGCAUUCCUAGUGUGCGUCAAGGUUGGCAUGACGGGCAAUACUAUCAGUAUGGAAAUACUGGACCUGGAAAAAAUUCCCGCUAGUUUUUUUGUGGGAGUGGUAUGUGGGUGAACACGUCGGCGAUGUGCCACUCGAAAAGGCGGUACGUAAAAGCGAUGGACUCAGUGGUAAGUCGUGACACUUUGACCGUCGUUGCCGACGGUGUCUACCGUGUGCACCGCAACAGGGUGAGAGCAGGGAAGAUGACUUAAGCAUGAAUUAGUUGAUAAUUAUAGUACGCUUGCACUGCAUCUGUCGCACUCUGUCCUCCUCCCACAACUGUGCCAAGAAUCAUGACCAAGCCAAGAAGACUGGAGGUGAGAGAGACCGCAGGUGGUUGGCACGGCGUAAACCCGCACCUAGGCCUACCACCACCACCACCACCACCACCACCACCACCACCACCACCACCACCACCACCACCACCACCACCACCACCACCACUCCCUGAAACCCACAGCAGACUUUAGGUUAGCUUCUUUUGGAUACAAAUGAUCACGACUGUUACCCUAAAUCAUGUUGAGCAAAUUGGUCCAACAGUCUUGGACCUGGACUUAUUCCUCGUAAUCGAGUGGAGGGUGGGGUCGUUAAUUCCGCAUAUUCCUGCAUAAAACACCACUAAGUUUAGUCUUGUAUUGACGGUGAUGCACUGUUGUUGUGUAAAAUAAGCUGGUUUAGGUGGGCACUCGAGGUACCAUAUAAUUUUAUCAUUAUACUCUUAUUCUACAGGGAAAUUUAGGGUUCAGUGAAUUUCUACUGCGACGUACAGCUCAGGACUCAGAAUGAACAACUUUCCCCAAAGUGAUGAUCCCGUGCUGAGCCUAGAGGCGUAAACAAUCUUUCUGCAGGGGUAGAGAGACUCAGGCUGUCCCUAAGAAAUGACACAAAUGCGGUUGCAAAAGUCACCAGGGCACUAGGUCGACUGGGUUUCAUCCAUCUUUGGUUUGAGUCGCGCAGCCAUGACCAGCCAUGAACUCUGACAGAAUCACCAAAACAACGCUAACAGCAGAAAAGAAGUCUGUUCAGCUCUUUGAUCUCGCCGCAGUAUCUAGGUAAGUGGUCUUGUCGAUCAUCAUAUGUCACCAGGCGCCUAACACUAAUUCAGGAACAUUCUGAUAGAAGCGAACAGGCGAGUUCCAGUUAGCAGAUCAAAGGAUGAAGAUUCGAUCACUGGAACAAGAACUUUAUUUGCCUGACGUUUCGGAUUCUCACUCGAAUCCAUCAUCAGAGACAUUCGCAGAUAAAGAUGAUGGUGGCACCAGGAGUGCAGUAUUUAUAGCACGUGGCUGCCGUGGACCGUAUUUAUAGCAGCCACGUGCUAUAAAUACUGCACUCCUGGUACCACCAUCACCUUCAUCUGCGAAUGUCUCUGAUGAUGGAUUUGAGUGAAAAUCCGAAACGUCAGGCAAAUAAAGCUCUUGUUCCAGUGAUCGCAUCUUCAUCCUCAGAAACAUUCCCUGUCAAUUGCGACCUACAUUCUAGCCCAAGGAAAGACUAUCAGAACAUUUAGCGUACAUAGCGGCCCUGACCAGUGGUGUGCCUCAGGCCCAACCCUUUGCAUACUCCAGUGGUAAGAAUACCCUCAAAACAAUUCAAAACCUGUCAGAAUUUAACUUUUGAGAACAGAAAACACAUGGAUACUAAACAUCUGACGGGAGUGGGAUGCGCACGGUGGACUUGUCCUCCACGGGAACUGGUCUCAGUUCUUACUAAUGACCUGCCUUGUCGUCUUCUGUCGCUCAUUGUGAAUGACGCCCAGAACAAAAAGCGUCACAUCCAACCUGCUUGAUGCGACUCAAAAUAAGCCCCACGAAAACCCUUUGCAGAAAAACAAGGCCUAGCAGGUAACUGAGAUGCGUACGUAGGAGGCCAACACCAUAAGGACAGUUUUGCUUUGAGUCUGCAAAUUCGAGAGACAUACGCUUGUUUAUCAUCAGACUGGCGGUGCGGUUGUUUCGUAAGCGGUCUCGCCUUACUUUUUGAUAGGUAAGUGAGUGUCGGCCGAAAUUUUGAAAUGCGUUCUCAAUUGGGAAGGAUUACUUAGGUGGGAUUGUAAUACUGAUUGUCAUGCGACAGCAUCCUAUAGUAUUUAGGGCUUACCUCGAUGGUGGCCUCUGAAUGCACUCCUUGCCGACCCCCAGUAAAAACCACACUCGGUAAAAAUGAUCAUUUAACUAGCAUGCAUUUUUCACAUUAAUUUUCGAUAGUCUUAUAAAUUCAAAUAUAUUUCAUAGAAAACAUUCCUAAAAAUAUGCUUUCUUUUACUCGUUUGGUUGAAGAAGGGGUGUAUUUGGGUCUUUAAGAAAGUUUCAGAAUAAUUUUUAGCCUGAUCAACCAUCGCAUAAGCGUUCAUCGAUUUCAAUGCACAAGGUGUAUGUUUGUCGCGUAAAGAAAAUCAUAUAUUUCCUUAUGCUUCUAAGAAGAUGUCCUAAAGAGUUCAUACUAUUUUGCAAUGAUGAAAGCCACUUUGUACGUUUUAUGAAGAGUAUUGAUGAACGGACAGGUGCGAUGCUGUAUGAAUGGACACUGCACGGUCUUAAAAAAGCUCAUAAUUAGAAACUUUUUUAAAACCGAGAGAUGCCCGUUCUUCGAGUGUAAAAUGGGAAGAUGACGUGAUUUCCUACCAAACGAGUAAAAGAAAGCAUAUUUUGUGCAUGUGUUCUAUAGAGGAUAUUCCAAUUUAAAGGGACAUCGGAAAUCAAUAGAAAAAAGGCAUGCUACUUAAGUAAUCAUUUGUUACCGAGUUUGGGUUUUGCAGGAGAUCGAAAGGAAGUGCAUUCAAAAGCCGACAUUCUGGCGAGUCUAAAAUGCUAUAGGAUUAUGCCGCAAGAUAGGCAGUAUUACAAACGCGCCUAAGUAAUCCUUCCUAAUCGAAAACGCAUUUCAGAAUUUUGGCCACCAUUUCAUGAGAUCGGUCUCUCACGGUACAUUGGGCCGUGCCUGUGGUCUGUACUGGACCGUAGUAUUCUCAUCCAUUUUGACCACGCCUUCUACCAACCUAGAGGUGAAGUCUUUUGAAAGGCAAUUAGCCAUCGUCUCUGUUCAUUUCGACGUUUCCAAGCUAUAAGCCAAAAUUCUGUGGUAUCCUUCGGCGGUAUUUGACCUGAGCUAACCUGACCCGGACGAUUCGGUGUAGACUGCCCCCCAUGCGUUGCAUUGUGACCUACAGGUGAACAAUGCAUUCAGAACUAAGACAUCAGUACUCGCACGUAGGAUAAUUACUCACCAGGAUUAAGCUAGUGUAGGCAGUGCCAACACUCUCAAAAACACCUGCCAGCCAAUCACUGGAGGUCACGCGGGUUUUCUCUACCGCGCUGUCAGCAUAAUCGUGACGCCUCGCCAUUGGCUACUCUCCUCGAGCCUGAUCGACCCGUGUAUGCGAGUUAUCGAUCAGCUUGUCUAUAAUUUUCUUCUCAAAGUGCAUUUUGCCGAAUUCAGGCGAAUCCCAGUAAGAUGUUAUAAAUACGCGUUACUUUCCCAGUUAGACUGGACUUGCAGUUUCCUAAUACACUGUUUCGUGGCCGGUCGCGCUCUCCUUCUCUGCCGCGCUCCACGCGAAUUCUGGGUACCAGGCGGGGACAUAACAGCUAACUUGUACUAGAGACGCCUUAAAUCCAGCGACUUAUUUAUAAGAAGACAACUAGACGUCGGGAGAAGUCCUGCAUUUAGCGAAUUUUCGUACAUUUAACGAUGGAAGCGGUCUUUGCGGAAGCGACGGGAUUCCCAUUGGCCAGUUCAAUUCUUGCACUGUGUGUUACUCAGCCCCUCCGCACGGUGACACCGGUCGAUAUUUUGGCCUAUACCGAUUGGCCAUAACGGGACAUGGCAUAGCCGCACGCCUACACCUAACACUGUAAGAGCAAGAACAACGGCUAACCCGCCGUGCGGUGGAACAGUUGCUGCCUCUGGCUUCGGAGCUGCUUGUAUGUUCGCGGUCAGAGUGCAGGCUGACCUACUAAUUCUGCCUCCCUCUGACCUGACUGGGAAAACUUCACGUCGACGACGAUCCCACUUCCACAAUCACUAUUCAAUGAGCCUUUCGCCUGAGCGGUCAUCUGGAUGGGGGACUAGGAGUCAAAUGUUGCUCUUUUCCACUUGCUCCUCCGACAUUCUGCAGAGCAAGAAGCCGACUCAGCCGCUGCCAGGUCGUAUCUACAAAGUGCCCUGAUUUAUUGACGUCUGCUGGUUCAAGUUCUCAAACGGGUGACGCUCGAAGGAGUCGGCUGCUUAGUUUGAAUGGACCUUCGAUUCGACUUGCCUCUGAGCGGCAGCCAAUUUUACAUCUGUGAUAACGUACGCUUCUGUGUCUGUCAAUCUAGUGCACAUUGUGUGAGUGCGUCAGCCUUUUGAGAGGCGGUUACUGAAGAGUGGUUCUGAUUUGCUGCAGACUACGGAGCGACUGGAUUUCCUGUCACGUGGGUAGGGUCAUUAUUUCAAAGAUGGGUUGAUCGGAGUCAUUCAGCCAGUGGUGCACUGGAUAGAGCGUUGUCUUUCUCGCCCAAACACCCAAGAUUAAGCCCUGCCUUCCCGAUAUUUCCGUGAGGACGUGUCUCAACUGGUGCUGAUAUGAAAAGAAUGUUAUGAAAACAACCAGUUCCGUUUUCCAUUUGCUCUCUGUCGUGGGAAUCUUCCGCGGCUUAAGUGGCACCAGUUUCACUGCAACUAAGACAGCUCGACCGUCGUUGCCGACGAUGUUCACUAGGCGCCCUACAACAUGGUGGCACGGGGAUGGUGACUUGGGCAGCAUCUAAUGCCCCUGUCCUCCUUGCCCCCACCUGAGCCCUAUUGUUGCAGCACUUUAGGCCACAGUGAGAUUCUGGCCACUUCGACCUUCACACCCAGUCCCGAAUGGAAGGAGGAGUUAGACGCCAUUUGCGAGAGUAGUGCUUUCUGUUCAAAAUAGCUGAAAGAGGGUUUGGAGUGAGUUGAAAGCCGGACGAGGGGCCACCCAGCGCCUGGAGAGCGGCGUCCUGCGUGUGACACAAUGAAUAAGCCGUCCAGCGCCUUCAGCGAAGUCAUGUCUGAGUCAGCCUCGAAGGCGAUUGGUCAGUUUGUGCAGCCGGCAUUUGCCGAUAACCAGACGGCUAUUGGUGCGCACGUACAUAUAGUCGUGAGAGGCUUAGCGUUGCAACAUGCUCUCGGAGCUGGGCAAGACAGAUUCAAGAAGACCAGAGGCAGGAGAGGGCGCUAGUGGCUGGCACGGCGAGGACCCACACUCAGACGUACCACCACACCCCCUGGUCCACAACGUACACUGACCAGGAUUUUACGCACCAAUAAAAUGAGGGGGUGGACGGAUCCUAAUUAGAGCAACGUGGGUCAUCACCUGUGCCUGCCACCACACCCAAAUGCUGGCAAUUUUUAUGGGUGCGCAGUCCUGGUAACGCCUGCCGGAUUCUUGUGCUGGUCAGUUUUACGGGCGAAAACCGCAUUCAUGUGACUUAGUUCUCUGUGGCAACUCGUGACAGAGACCGUUCGGAUUGGUCGUGCCACCUGGCACAUUAGGUUAACUGCACUCGAGAUGGUGUAAUCAGCGUUGAGUGUCGCCGCCGCCGCUCCCAGCACACACCCACAGAAACGCCCAUAAACUUCGCAUGACUGCUGGCACUUCAGGGUGAUCAGGGUUUACGCAGUGAAGCUGCUGCCAUCUCACGUCAGAUACGCACACCGUGUAAUUAGUUCACAUGGCAGGCAGAGACUGGUUCGCAGGCCGCCCCGUUCGAUAAAUUCUGCCCACCGGGAUGAUAAUGGACGAGUGACCUGUGCCGAGGCGCCAGACUAUCUUGUCUUUACUCACCUGUUCAUCAUUCUUUAACUUACUGGUUGUUUAACUGAAUGGAAGGAACACAACAACAACGCGACGCGCUCGGCAUCUGUUGGAUUGCUAGGUCGUUUGACAUUUGACUGUUAAUUCUUUCAUAACCCUGGUCUUAUCCUGAUAUCCAAUGUCUGGGAUUGACAGUUCUGUCCUUAGCGCUCGCCAUAGUGGUGACCCCGACAUUGCAGGCCCCCAGCCUCUGUCCAGUGAUUUUUCCUAUCUCCUCACCUCUGUGGAUCAGUUCACUCGGUGGCCUGAAGCUGUUUCCCUGCCUGACAUUGCUGCUUAAACGGUGGUCAAGGCUUUCCUCAGUCGUUGGGUGGCUAUGUUUGGUGCAUCCUCCACAAUCACGACUGACCGUGGUGCCCACUUUGAGUCUAACCUCUUCCAGUCUUUCCUCUCCUUUUUAGGCUGUACCCGCAUCCGGACGACAGCCUAUCACCCGGCUGCUAAUGGGAUGGCCGAGCGGUUUCACCGCCAGUUGAAGGCCUCCCUACGCGCCGCGGUCGACCCCGAGAACUGGACGGACCACCUUCCCCUGGUCCUCUUUGGCAUCCGCUCCGCUACCAAGCCGGACCUUGACUGUUACGCAGCUGAACUGGUGUUCGGCGCCACCGUCCGACUCCCCGGUGAAGUGAUCUCGCCAACCCCGCGAGGUGCAGUUGCGGAUCCCACCAACCUCCUGCAUCGUCUCCGGCAGUUUAUGCGGACACUUUCCCUUGUUCUGCCCAGGUCCUCCGCCUCUCCGUCUUAUCCUGAGAAGGACUUGGCAACGUGCUCUCACGUCUACCUUCGAUGUGAUCGAGUCCGCCGGCCUCUGGAACCGCCCUAUAACGGCCCAUUCCGGGACGAAGACUUUCCGCAAUCAACGCGACAAUAG